CUUUUUUUGUCUUACGCUUGUGCGUUGGGUAUCACGAAAUCCUUCGGGAGACAUAUUUUCUAAACUUCAUCCCGACGACACCUUGCCAUCAAGAAUUGCGAUCUUGAAGUGUUGCAAAGAUGAAGACGUCAUGGUUGACUAUCUUGCCAGUAUGGCUACUUGGUACGAUAGUUACGGCUUCAACGCCGUUGCAAUAUUGCAGUGUGGAUGCGGAGGAGAAGACAGAUCUUUGCUUUGCGGUGGCUUCUUUCAAGAACAGCACCACGCAAGCCAAUGAUCUAUCUCUUCAUAUCUCGACAAAAUUCGUGGUUGAUGCGACAGGAUGGGCCUCUGUUGCUAUUGGGCCCAAAAUGGACAAUGCGCUCAUGUUUAUCAUGUACCCAGGAGGUGAACAAGGUAGAAUCACUGUCAGCACCAGAACUACAAGAUACCAUGCCAUUCCCAAGGUUGUAUCAGAAGAUGCACCAGAAACGCACGUGACCAAGACCUGGAUUGAUGAUACGGGGCUGUACAACGCUCAGAUUAUGUGCUACAAUUGCGAGAGCUGGAGUGGUACUACUCUGGAUGUGAUGUCUCCCUCCCAGCCAUGGAUCUGGGCCACGAACUGGGAUCAGCCAACUCACUCUGAUGAUGUGCACCUGAAAUUGCGGCCGCAUAAUGCCAAAGGCUUCACUAUGCUGAAUAUGGCAUCAAGUUACUCUGAAUCAGGAGAUAUUAUUGCUCAAGUCUCCACCCAAAGAAUCACGCAAGAGCCAAAUACCGAUGAUGCAGGACCAGCACCUCCUACCAUGCAGGAUGAGUCUGAUGACCAUCAUCCCGCGAAAGAGCACCACAAGCACUCCGCCUUCGGUCUGGUGUCUCUUCAUGGGUUCUUGCUUUCAUUUGGAUUCUUUGCCCUGACCUUUGGUGUGCUUGGAAUUAGGAGUGGAUCAUCCAAAUCGUACAAAAUUCAUUGGACUAUUCAGACUGGAGGUGGAUCAGCGAUCGUCGUUGGUUGCUUGAUGGGAAUUUACUUGUCAUACAAGCAUGGUGGACAUUUUGGGACCUUCCACCAGUGGAUCGGUCUGUCCAUGAUACCAAGCGUGAUCAUUCAAGGACUGCUGGGCUAUUUGCAUCACGUCAACUAUUUGAAGUAUGGUAGACGAACCGCAGUGUCAUACUAUCAUAUCUGGCUCGGUAGAGCUGCGUUAAUUAUUGGAAAUUUGAACGUUGGAUUUGGCCUGAACUUGGCAGGUGCGGAAUCAUUCAAAUGGUUUACAUGGUACGCUGGAUUGGCCAUUCAGCUUUCGGUUCUGAUUCCGAUGUGGUACUUUUACGCUCGCGGAAAGACGAUCUUGGAUGCGGUUAGGAAUAAACCAGUAGCCAAGGAUGUAGUGAGGUAUGAGAGCGUGGAACAGGAUGCUUUCAUUGUGGAUGAUGAAUUAGAUGAGUUUGAGGAUGAGGGAUUGGGCCAUGAUGAUUUGAAGAACGGAAAGGAUUGAGAAAAGUUUAGAUAAUUCUGGAUGCUAUGAGAAAUCAUUGAGAAUCAUUUAUUUAUAUUGCAUGAAGUUUGUUAACUACGUGAAG